AUGUCUUAUCCGUCCAUCUCGCUUGGUCUUCAAUCGGCGUCGGGAUACCUUUUUGGAGACGAGCUUUCCUCACAUUCUUUCAUCGACCCUAACAGCUACUAUGCCACAAUACCAGCUCAUGGCCAAUACAUGGGAACGCCUCCCUGGCCUCCCGGCUACGGUUGCGUCCCUCGUUCAGUUGAAGGAAUCGAUUCGAGCCACGAUGGCACGUUGGAUUCUGCCAUUAGAAGACCGUUAGAACUUCUCACGGAACGGUAUCCAGAUUUUGCUUGUUCGCCAGAAUUGCCUUAUCAGCAAUCUCAAAUGUUUUUCGAACCCAGGACGAUCAUGGAAGGCACCCAUUUAGAACGUGGCCGAGCUGCAUUUGAAAACCUCCAGAUAGAGGAGCCGAAGGAUGAUCAAUAUCUACUGGGCUCUCCAGAAGAGUUUCGGUCACGAAGUUGCCUUGAUAAAAACGAUAGUCUUCCUCAAAUGGGUCUGACUCCGCUGGAUCAAGGAGAGCGAAACCCAUUGGAUGGUGGAGAAGAGAAUGAGAGUGACGGAGCAGCAACCUCCAACGAUACACCCUAUGCGCAACUCAUUUUCAGAGCAUUGAUGGAGACACAAGGACACCGUAUGGUGCUUACGGACAUUUACGAUUGGUUUGAGAAGAAUACGGAUAAAGCGAAGAGCACAACAUGCAAGAGCAAAACCGGCUGGAAGAAUAGUAUAAGACAUAACCUGUCCAUGAACCCUGCAUUUCGAAAGGAGCCGCUAAAGGAACCAUUUUCUGAUGGCAAAAAGCGGUAUAUUUGGUGCCUUGAUCAACAUGCCAUUGAUAAAGGCCAGGUUUCGCCCACAACAAGGUUUCGGAAGCAUGUAGCAACUAAGAAAGCCACCCGAUCAGGCCACCCUUCACCGCGACGGCAACGCCCUGGGCAUAAGGGAGGUAAAUCUGCUUUGACAGCAGCAAAGCAGCGUCGGCCGGUCAAUAAGAGAGAGAGGGCGCAAGAGAACCGAAAGAAUGACCGAGCUGAUGAGCACGCCUUUAUCUAUCCAGAAUCAAAUCUCAGCGCGCUUGUCUCCUCUUUCCAUUCGCCUCAGCUCGUACAGGACCCACUACAUGGCAAUAUUCGUGAUUCAGAUUUUAAGCUGCCAUCACGCCGGCCGGUUCAUCACAGGAAGCCCGAAACACCUCCGUACGGACUUGACGAUAUAGUUGGCUGCACUCCUACUCUGCCAGAGGAGCCUCUCUUCUACGACAGCCCAGACACAGCGACGAGAUCUUGUUCGGCGGAAUACGAUCUCAGGGGGCUAUCACCUGGUUCUUCUUUUCUACGAUUGUUCGACUGA